CCGCUGGCAGGAGCCGGACACACAUCUGGUCAGAGGAUUUCCAGCUUUCUGAGCUCAGAGCGCUGAAUUACAUUCACUCAAUCUCGUCAUCUCGAGAAGCGGAGCGCAGGAUGCUGUGUGUGCGAGAUUCAGGCGACUGCUUCCGGGACCAGAUGCGCUACAUGAUGCGCUCCCUGCAGGACCUGAAGCAGAUACGGGAGCCCAUUGAGCCCCCGAAACGCUCCUACGCAGUGACCCGAGCCUGCCACCGCAGAGAGAAGCAGCGAGAGCACCUGAGCCGCCUGCAGAUUUCCCAGUCCAGCGACGGCAGCACCUACGACUCAGCCUGCUGUCUGGCCAGUCCACUGGAGGAAGAAGAGGACGAAGAAGACGGCAUUGGCCGUCUGCCCCGUGGCUCCCCCUGCAGCGAGAAAAGUCUGGACUUUGAUUCGGGAUAUUCUGAAGCAUCGUGGCAGGAUGAGGGCGUGGUGCUGAGGAGGACUAGAAAUGUCAGAGUAUCGUCUUCAGCCUGCGUCCGCACCAACCGCGUCCGGCCCAAAUCCACCUCGGACGCUUGCCUGGAGCGCUGGACAUCUUUUGAAGCCAGCGAGCCAGAAGACUGGACCACAUCUCUGCUAACCAGAGGGCGCAACAGACAACCACUGGUGCUGGGGGACAACAGCUUUGCGGACCUCAUAAAAAACUGGAUGGACCUUCCGGAGUGUCCCGACUCUGCUGAGUUAAAGCCCAACCCGAGUCGCAAACUAGCCAAAGACUUCCUGGUCAAUAUGAGGCGGAAAUUAGCCGGCAGGUCAAAGGGAAUGGAAGGACGAGGGAAGUCUGCGGAGACAUGCGCGAAACGGUUGUCGUGUCCUGUAGGGUUUCAGACCCCGAAGCCCUUCUUCCACCAAUCACACACCGGUCUGCACCAGCUGGACACGGACUUUUACCAGUUCAGUGCCCUCAUGAAGACCGGCAGUCGACAGCCCAUAAUAUGCAAUGACAUCAUUGGGUACAUCUGAGCCAUUGCCAUAGUGCCAAUGGUAGUGGACUUAAAGACUAGAUAAUUCACAGAAUUAUUUUUAUAGUAUUAAGCUUAUGUGUAAAUAAGGCGAACAGUGAAAUAAAAGCUUUUGGAAACGUUUACAAA